AUGAAAGACAAUUAUCGGAGUGUUUGUCUUAGUCAUCGUAUGUAUUGCCCUUGGGUUUGGUGUCAAUUGCAUGUAAAAUAAAUAAUUUUCAUCGCGUUGUUUUCAGGAAUACACGUGGAUAUCGCUUGCAAAUACGACAGCGAACAAGAAAUCAACGCAUUUGCCUUCCGUACGCAUGCGCAUGACUUAGGUAAGUUUAAAACGUUGAACUGGAUAUAGUUAGCUAUUCGUGUCUAAAGUUUCACGUUGUCUGCACAUGUACUUUUUUUGAGACACCAUUGCCUCCUGAUAAAUCAGAAAAUUAUCAAGAUCGUGACUCUGAUUUACAUAUUGUAUUGACAUAACCAGUUGACCUUGCUUCAAUAUUUGUGUGAGUAAUGGUUUGGAAAUGACAAUUUUUUUACUACCCAACCCUCGAGUUGUUUUGUUUUUAUCACCCAACCUUUUACUCACUCAAAGUUUUGUUUACCCAACCCUUUUAUCUUCGGUAUUCCCCCCCCCCAUAAACUAUGAAAUUGCUCCCUUAAUUAAUGCAUGCAUCAUAAGCAUUUUUAAACGAUCUAUCCCCAUGAUUAAUGUAUUUGUGUUCGUUUAAUUUUAUUACCACAGGUCGUGUGAUAACAGCUUAUCGUGUUCGAAAUAAUACUUGGAAAUUGUUGGGAAAAGGGGACCCACAUGCCCCACAG